AUUCGAAGACACACCGUCUACGACGCCAUGCCUAACCAUGCCAGGGUCAUCAUACUUGACCUCAACCUCAAGGUUGGUUCAGCAUUUGAUGCACUUGCCUACGAUGGAAUCCACGCUGCCCCUCUCUGGGACAAUGACUCCAAGGAAUUUGUUGGAAUGAUUACUGUGACUGAUUUCAUAAGCAUUCUACAGCAGUUCCUACAUCAACCUGUAAGACUCCUGGCGUCCAUACGAGAUGAUAAGGUGUGCAAAUGGAGGGACCAUCUCAGUAGUAGCAGCAGCAACUGCAUGUUGACGAUAAAAGCAGAUAGCAACCUGGACGAUUUGAUAACGCACUUAGAUUACUACCACAUUCACAGGGUUGUUGCUGUCGAUGCCUCCACAAAGAAUGCAUUGUACAUAGCCACAUAUAGGAGAAUAUUGCAUUAUAUUUGGAGUAAGGUUGGUCGGGGUGUGACCACGAACGUCUUCAAUAGAACGCUUCAGCAAGUUAACCUCGGUUCAUACAUGGACCUCGUUUCCGUAUCGCUAUCAACACCGGUGCACGAGAUAUUCAGCAUCUUGAUGUCACGUCGUCUCUCAGCAGUGCCCGUAGUUGAUGACUGCUACAGAGUUGUUGAUGUCUUCAGGAAGGCUGAUGUCAUGAGUCUAAUAAUUGAUGGAAGCUUUCACGAUCUCUAUUGCCCAGUCGAAGAUGUCUUACUCUACGAAAGAAAUGGUUUUGAGGGUUUGUACAAAUGCAAGAAGACUGACGUGGUGUACAACGUUAUACAUUCGUUUGUACAUCUCGAGCUGCAUCGACUGGUGGUCGUGGAUGAUGAGGAUAGAUUGGAAGGCGUCAUCACCACGUCAGACAUCAUCAAGUUCUUCCUGGAUGGUGAUCAUACCUCCAUGGUCAGUUCAUCAUCAUCGUCGUAA